GUGACCCAGCCCUGCAUGGGAAACACCCUUUGUGCCUUGAAAUGGGGAAGACUAGAAACCUUGUUGGACAGAGAAGCCACACAACAGAAGUUUUUUGAAGCUUGAAUAUUAGAUAACGAGGUCAGCAUAGAUGCGGUCAGUGAGUUCCCAAAGGGGAGGGACAGACCGUCUAUAUAAGGUAAAUCUGUCACUAUCCGAAAUCAGGAGUCACCCUGAGCUACAGAGACUUUCCCAAGCCCAGAAACAGCUCUGCAUGAAGAUGAAGAAUCUCUUAGUAUUUGCUAUGCUACUUGCUUAUGGUGCAGUUAUGACACAAGGGAGUUUCUGGGACCUUCAAAAGAUGAUUAAGCAAGUCACUAUGAAAUGUGCCUUUUGGAAUUAUUACAACUACGGCUGCCACUGCGGAUUGGGCGGUAAAGGGACGCCAAAGGAUGGCACUGAUCAGUGCUGUUACUUGCAUGACUGCUGCUAUGAGAGGCUCAAGAAUCAUGGCUGUAAUGCCAAAUUUAAUUCGUACAGCUACGUCUACCUGAAUGGAAAGAUCUACUGCGGCAUGGGGAGCCAGUGCAAAAGAGAGAGCUGCCAGUGUGACGGUGACUUUGUGCUCUGCUUGAAGAAACACUUAAGCAGCUACAAGAAGGGUUAUCGCUUCUAUCGAAAGAAGCACUGUGCGGAUGAGAAGCCAACGUGUUAAAAAGUUGCACAGAUUCUUUACCUGCCAUAUCAACAUACUCUUUAUUUGCACAAGGUAAAAGCAACAAAAUGUGAUUGUUUUAUUAUAAUGUCUGUUUAUUACAUAUACACAUUUAUAGAUAUAAAAUUUUGCAUGGACUGCUUAAUGUAUUUUCGUAAUGUUUGUGCUUGGAUCAUUUUAUAACUUUGAUCCCAUUUAUAUGUAGCAAUAUUUUUUGUUGUAUUUUUUUUUUAAAUUGAAAUAAAAAAACAAAGCCGUCGCGUGCCUGACCUGGAUUGGUGAAUGGAAUGAUUUCACGACUUUGUUACUGCU